AUUGUGCCCGGGGUGGGUGUGCUCUGCACCUAGCAACAGGAUGUUUCUGCUGAGAGCAGCCUCACCAAGACUGCGAACUCCUGAGAAGGCGGUGGGGCAUGAACUGGAGGAAAGCAGCUCUGAGGUCGAUCAUGCCUCUGAUCCCUUUGUGUCUUGUGUUGGUUGCUGCCCCAGAUGUUGUAGCUUUUCUCAAUUUUGCCAUCAAGAAUGCCGACCCUGUUCUGGAAAACGCCUCUGAACACACACAGGUUGCCACGGUCAGCGUGUCACUCUCACCUUGGGCCUCUCUGGUUGGAGAUCCCGUCAUCCUUAACGCGAAUCCUGUGGUGCAUCCCUUCGUGCUGUCUCGUAGAGCCACACACCUGUGGGGGUUAUUCACCGUUGGAGUACCCAAGCUGGACUUUGAGAUGGUGGCACUGUAUUCCCUGGUAAUCUACGCAAAAGACAACCACGGAGCCACAGCGUCACAGAGCAUUUUAAUUCAGAUUGCAGAUGUGAACGAGCCCCCCACCUUGACCGGAUCCCUUGCCCAGGGAGACCAAGUUACUGAGAUUUAUAUCCUAGAGGACACUGCUCCGGGCACAGGCAUUUACAGAGCAGCAGCCACGGAUCCAGAGGGUGCUGCUUUGGAGUACUUCAUUUCCCCGGAGGGCUCUGGCUUCGCCAUUGACAGCACCGGAACAAUUUCCACAACGACCGUCUUCGACUUUGAGAGUGAAAGUAGAAGUUUUUCACUGGUUAUUAAAGUGGUGGAUCCUGGAGGACUGUUUGCUGCUGGAAAUCUAAAGAUUUUCCUCAUCAAUGUCAACAAUAAGAAUCCCACUCUGACCUGCAGCUUAUUCAACAUUGAAAAUGCUGUCUUGAGUGUUGCUUCUAUAAACUCGACUCUUCACAAGAAAGUUGACAUCACACUGGAUGAAGAAAUCCCGAUUGGGAAAACCAUCGGAAUGUGCCAGGCAGACGACGAAGAUGCCUUGGGAGAUUUAACCUUUGAACUUGAUCCUUGGAAUGUUUACUUCGCAGCUGAUGAAGAGCGUGGGACUGUGGUCACGGCCACUCGUCUUGAUGCGGAGAGAGAGGGGUUUGCGAGUGUCCAGUCCUUCUCCAUUAAAGCCUGUGACCACGACCGGCGGUGUGCGGCACUCCCAGUGACUGUCCAUGUUCAUGGCAUUAAUGACAACCCGCCUUUCUGUGACCAGUACCUGAUGAGGUACACAGGCAGAGAGGCGAUUGCAGUGGACACAGUAGUGGCAAAGCUCUUGUGUCAUGACCUUGAUGAGCCUCCUGAUACAAUCCACUAUGUUCCAAGCUUGGGCCCAGUUGGCUCUGGACAAAUCUUUGAGCAAGUACCAGGCACCGACCAUGUCAUCCAGGUCACCAAAGAGCUGGAUUAUGAAGACCCUGAGGUGGUUGCAGAGGACCAUACCUAUGAAAUGAGGAUUGCAGUAUUUGAUGACAUGCAGCCCUCCCAUACAGUUACUGUCACAAUCAUUGUGGAGCUUGCUCCUGCCAAUGACUUCAGCCCUGUGUUUGAAGCUGCACACUAUUCAUUCUCGGUUCCGGAGACAUCACAAGCUCUCUACAAAGUUGGAAGAGUGACCGCCACUGAUGAAGACCACCCACCAAACUGUCUGACCUACAAGAUCGCCAGCGGAGACAUCCAGGCUGUGCAAAGAUUCUGGAUUCACCCUCGCUCUGGAGUGCUCGAACUCACCACGCAGCCAGACUACGAGUCUGUGAGGCAGUACAACCUCACUGUGGAAGCUGUGGACUGUGACAGGGCCCACCCUCGCACAGCAGUGACCACUGUCACGGUUGACAUUGAGGAUGAGAACGACGAAGCGCCUGUCUGCCUGCCCUAUCGUUAUAAAGGAGUCAUUUCUGACAAUGUUGUUGCCGGAACAAACGUCAAUGGCUUCCAACUAAGCUGUCACGACAGAGAUUCACAGGAUUUCGAAAUGCGCUUUGAGAUAGCUUCUGGAAAUGAGAACCAUCAUUUUGGAUUUGACCCAACGCGAGGCUCAAAUACUCCAAACUUGAUUGUGAAGAAUCCUUUUAACUUUGAAUCUGGAGCUGAACGGCAGCGGCAGUACCAUCUUGUGGUGCAUAUAGUCGAUGAUAAUCUGAAAUAUGGCAAAUCCACCAAGCCCCGGACAGGCACUGCUGUUAUAGACAUCUAUGUGAUAAGAGCCACUACACCAUCUCCUCCAACCAGUUCCGAACAAAGAAAAGGCCUGACCAUUGUGUAUACAGCUGUUAACACGUUCAAGUCCAGCGACUGGUACGUCCCUUUCAUCCUCACCCUGAUGGCUAUUUUCUCCGUCGGAUUAGUUUCAUGGCUAUGUCUCCUGCUUUGGAGGUACAGAAACAUUAUGGAAUGCUGUUGGACAAUGGCCGAGAAGGUCUCUAAGCCCGUGCCCAGAGAAAUGAAAUAUAUUGCAGGAGAUAGAACUCAAAAGGAAAAAGCUGUCACAGGAAGCAGAAGUAAAAAAUUAGAAGUCUUAACAGAAACCAUUGUGUAUGAGACCGUGUUUGAUGGAGAAGCCAUUGACCCAGUGUCCGGGAAUGUGUAUGAAUACAACAGCAGAACGGGAGCCAGAAAGUGGAAGAAGCCCCCCAGGCACCAGGAGGGGCCCUUGGCCAGCACAGACUCCCUCCCGGAAGCUCUUCCUCCUGAAGAACUGACAUCCCUUGCAAUUCAGGUGUGAGGAGAGCAUGUCCCGGUGUUUCUGAUCCUGUCUGUGACUCUUGUGGGUGGUUUUAUCGCAUGAUGUAAAAUCAAAGCUUAGAUGUGCAGGUCAGCUGCUUUGUGCAAUCGCCGGGUUCAGAGUUCCGGCAGAGGGCACCCGGUGUGGCGCACUGUGAGUCUCUGGAUGUGUUUUGCUGAAAACUAGAGGCUGCCUCUCACGCUCGUUGUCUCGCUUUGCCCAGCGCACUGUUCGCCGCUUUAGGUCAGAGACUUGCCCCCGGCUCAUUGCUGCCAGCCCAGCGUGUACUCGGGGCAGAGUGGGGAAUCCACGCUUAUCUGGUGAAUAAAUGCAUUUGAACACACAA